AUGGUUAGUUCCGGUAAUUCUCAUGGUUCUGAUUCUUCCCAACUUUUCUUAGAUGAAGAUGAAUUUACGUUGCAUGCUGCAAGUUAUGGAGAAUUUUUUUUUAUUGAAAACAAUCCUGAAAAGUGGUGGAUCUGCUGCAACAUAUGCAAAGAUAAAUAUAGCGUAGUAGAUACCUUUAUAAAUCAUGCUAUUAACCAACAUAUACAAAAUGGAAUAAAUGGUAUCCAUAAAAUUGAAAUAGAAAGUUUAAAUUUAGAAAAUACAAUUGAUACUAUGAUUGAAGACAUAAAUACUUCUUGUCCAUCAUCAAUAAAUAGCAGUGAGGAUGAAAACUAUUAUGAGGAUGUUGAAUUUUUGGGUGAAGAUAUAUUUGGAAAAGAUGAUAUGGCGAUUAAUAGUAGUAAUGAAAUAAGGUUUAUUAAAAAUGAAAAUAUAAAUAGUAUCAAUGUUGAAGAUAAAGAAGUUAUUUUUCCGAAAACAAUAAAGAGUGAGCAAAUUUAUGAGGAAAAUGAAAACUAUGAGAAAAAAAUUCUAACAAAUGGAAAGGAAACUGAAUCGGAAGAUAAAGAAGCUGAUAAAGAUGAAUCAGAAAUUAUUAAAACUGAAUAUAGCGAAAUAAACCCCAAGAAAACUGAAACAAAUACUAAGAAAGGGAAAAGAUUUCCAUGUUCUGAAUGUGAUAAAACUUACGCAACCAAAGCAAAACAAAAGAUACAUAUUGCAACCCAUUUUGAAUUGCCACCCUUAUUCAAAUGUGAAGAGUGUGGAGGUGUUUAUAGUUCCAAAGAUGUUUUGAAAGCACAUAUGCGAACACAUACUGGAGAAAGACCUUUAAAAUGUCGUCUCUGUCCUAAAGAUUACCGCACCCAUCAUGGUCUUAUAAGUCAUAUGAUGACGCACACAGGAACUAGAAAAUUUUCUUGCAGAUUUUGUGAAAAACGUUUCUAUACUAAGAUUAAUGUAAUACAUCAUGAGAGGAUACAUACCGGUGAAAAACCAUAUAUGUGUGACAUAUGUGGUGAGAAAUUUAGAACAACUGGUCUUUUAACAAUACAUAAAAAAAGGCACAAACCACUUGAUCCAGGUGAAAAUAAUAAUGAUAUGUCCACAAUUGUUAAAAUAGAGCGUAAGCCACCAGGAAGACUACCAUACAUAGAAAGUAAAUCUCAUCCUGAAAAAAAAUUUCACUGUAAAUUUUGUGUAGCUCGCUUCUCAUGUAAAUAUGCUUUAGAUGAACAUCAGAAAACAAUUCAUGCAAAAUCAAGAGGUUUUAUUUGUAAAAUAUGUAAGGAACAUUUUCAAACACGUUCUGCGGUGUGGUAUCAUAUAGAAAAAGGUCACCUAUGUAAUCCAAUAGCAAACUUAAAUUAUGUAAUGGAAACAUAUCAAGUUAACGAACCCACGUGUCGUAAUAUAUCGAAAACGUCUUCAACCGAAGAAAUUCAUACGGAAGAAAAAAAAUUUAUGUGUAACAUUUGUUCAACUACUUUUGCAACUAAAAAAGGUUUAAGAAUGCAUGAGUACAUUCAUACAGAAACAAAAGACUACAUUUGCAAUUUGUGCAAAAAAAGUUUCCGAACAUAUGCCGAUAUCAAUUAUCAUUUGAGGCGAAAGCAUAAAUGUGCUACAACGGCGAGUUGUAAUUAUACUCUAGCAAGACAAAAAAAUACAAAAUAAA